UCUCUCUCAGCAACUCGCGGGCAGGUUGUAUCUGUCUCUGGAGCACCGCCAAGGUGCCUGCCGUACAACCAUCCAGCCCUCUCCCAAACUGACAUUUCUGCAGGAGCAUCUGUCUCCCACUCAGAUCGUCUUGUCCUACUGGCAGAACCGGGCGGGGGGAAAAACCAACAAACAUUUGCAAAGAAACAGCAAAGGGAGAAAGAGAUGGAGCCACGGGUCUGAGUUUCGGCUGAAGAGGGCAAAGACGCAGGACGAUGGGGAUGUUCCUGCCUGGGAAACACGGGCUGCUUCUCAGGCUCUGGAGCUCUCUGUUGCGCAGCUUACAGGGCGAAAAAUCCUGGGCCAGGCGCCUGGAUGAAAUCAACCUGCUGCAGCAGAAAAGGAUCUGGGAGUCUCCCCUGCUUCGAGCAGCAAAGGAGAAUGAUGUUCAAGCCAUCCAGAAGCUGCUUGCCUGUAGUGCCUCUGAUAUUCAUCAGAGAGGUGCCACAGGGGAGACAGCCCUUCAUGUGGCUGCCUUGUACGAUAAUGUGGAGGCUGCACAGAUUCUGAUGGAUGCUGCUCCUGAUCUCAUCAAUGAAGCCAUGACAUCAGAACUCUAUGCAGGUGAGACGGCUCUCCACAUUGCAGUGGUGAAUAAGAACUUCAGCCUGGUGAAGGCAAUGUUGGACAAGGGGGCUGAUAUCAAUAACCCACGGGCCACGGGAUACGUCUUCAGGCACAGCAGCCACAGCCUCAUCUACUUUGGGGAGCAUAUUUUAUCCUUUGCUGCCUGUGGAGGAAGUGAGGAGAUCGUACGGUUGCUCAUAGAAAAUGGAGCGGACAUCAGAGCACAAGAUGCCCUGGGUAACACCAUUCUUCACAUCCUGGUUCUCCAGCCCAACAAGAACUUUGCCUGCCAGAUGUACAACCUGAUCCUCUCUUAUGACAAGGGUGGUGGGGGGCUGGAAGCCCUGGACUUGAUCCCCAACAGUGAGGGGCUCACUGCAUUCAAGCUGGCUGGGGUGGAGGGCAACACUGUGAUGUUCCAGCACCUUAUGCAGAAAAGAAAGCACAUCCAGUGGACCUUUGGCCCCUUGACCUCCACCCUAUAUGACCUCACGGAGAUUGAUUCCUGGGGAGAUGACCUGUCUCUCCUGGAACUCAUUGUCACCACCAAGAAGAGAGAGGCCCGUCGGAUCUUAGAUCUUACCCCUGUGACUGAGUUGGUGAGCCUGAAGUGGAAUAAGUAUGGGCGGCCCUAUUUCUGCAUCUUGGCAUUGUUUUAUGUGCUCUACAUGAUUUGCUUCACCAUGUGCUGUGUCUACCGGCCCCUGAAACAACGGUACAGCAACAAAACAGAUGAGAGGGACAACACCAUCUAUAUCCAGAAAAUGCUACAGGAAUCUUACGUGACUCCAGAGGAUGAUGUCAGGCUGGUGGGGGAGCUCAUCACAGUGAUAGGAGCCAUUGUGAUACUAAUUUUGGAGAUUCCAGAUAUCUUCAGAGUUGGAGCCACCAAGUACUUCGGGCAGACCAUCCUGGGAGGGCCUUUCCACAUCAUCAUCAUUACAUACGCCUGUAUGAUUCUGGUCACCAUGGUGAUGCGUCUCACCAGCACCAAUGGAGAGGUGGUCCCCAUGUCCUUUGCCCUGGUGCUGGGCUGGUGCAAUGUUAUGUACUUUGCCCGGGGCUUUCAAAUGCUGGGUCCCUUCACCAUCAUGAUCCAAAAGAUGAUAUUUGGUGACCUCAUGCGUUUCUGCUGGCUCAUGGCAGUGGUGAUCCUCGGCUUUGCAUCAGCUUUCUACAUCAUCUUCCAGACCCAGGAUCCUGAUGAACUAGGACACUUCUAUAACUACCCCAUGGCACUUUUUAGCACCUUUGAGCUCUUCCUCACUAUCAUCGAUGGCCCUGCCAACUAUGAAGUGGACCUGCCUUUCAUGUAUGGCAUCACCUACUCUGCCUUUGCUGUCAUCGCCACCCUCCUCAUGCUGAACUUGCUCAUUGCCAUGAUGGGGGACACCCACUGGCGUGUGGCUCAUGAGCGAGAUGAGCUGUGGAGAGCUCAGGUUGUUGCCACAACAGUCAUGCUGGAGCGGAAACUUCCACAAUGCCUCUGGCCUCGCUCUGGGAUCUGUGGGCGGGAAUAUGGACUGGGAGACCGCUGGUACCUCAGGGUGGAAGAUCGCCGUGAUGAUAAGCAGCACAAGAUGCACCGCUAUGCAGCAGCGUUUACCACCCAGGUCACAGAAGACUUUGACAAGUACUCCGAGAACAAAACAGAGCUGGAGGACAGCGGGCACAUAAAAGGCUCUUACAUGAAGAAGCUGUCCCACUUCAUGCCCUCAGUAUCCCCAACCUCAUCCCAGAGGAGCUCUAACCGUGGUUGGGAGAUCCUGAGGCACAGCACCUUUGGCAAGCUGCAGGGUCAUGUCAAUCUGGCCAUGGAGAAGGAAGACGAAGAGGAGGAGGUCUAUCAUGUCUGAGCAACUGCUCACCUUCUACUUUAGGACAAGCGAUCCCUCUCCUUGCUAGUGGAGGAGGCUGAUGUGGUCUGGCACAGACACCAUCCACAAUAGCUAUGGUCCUCCUGUCUACACUCCCAUCUGGGCUGCCCAUUCCAUAGCAGCUCUCCCUUUUGUGGGGUACUGGUGGCUCCAUGCCCGGAGUGACACUCAGAAAUGGGUUGCAUUUCCCACUGCAUAAAUAUAGAUGUGUGCAUGGAGAAAUAAUCCCCUGAUGUAUGACCCAGUGUGUUCCCUCCAGCCUAGGGGAGGUCAGUGGGAUUCAAACUGAAUUGCUAACUCCCUCUGCACCAAGGACGGAGGGUGGUGGAAGGGUUGGAGAGGGAGUUAUACCAGCCUGCCUCACCUUUGCUAAUAUGCUCACUAGUGCAUAUAUGCACCACCACCCUCUCAUGAAGGCUGUGGAAGAUGUAUCUUCUGCUACAGUUCCAGUAACUGGAGCUUCUCCUCAUACAAUGGAGCCUGUUUUUAUGAAGCAACAGGUGCUGGCUCACCCUCAGGCCAUCCAUGCUUAGCUGUUGAGCAUACUGCAUGUAAGCCUGGGGCUGUGUGCUGAGCACCAAGGGACACCAUGGAGGGUGAUGGGCAGAGACUUUCCAGGUGUGGACUUUCUGACCCCAGGCAGAAGGCUGUUUAUUUUCAUGCUGGUUUUGUGCUGAAGUACAUUUCUGGUCCACCCCAGACUGUUUUUGUUUUUUUUUUGUAUUUAACUCUUAUUUAAACUCCUCCUCCCUCAUUCCUCCCUGAUGCAGACAGGCUAAUAUAUGUUACUGCUGUGACACAUUGAAGAGUUUGAACUAUUACAACUGUGAAUCUUAUUGGGAUUAAUAUAGUUAUUCCCCUGUCGAGGGGGCUUUCCCACCCCCUUCUGAGCCAUGUAGGAGUCUUCACUGCCUUUCAAACACAGAUUACUUCUCUGCCUUCUACUGCUACGCAGGGGGCUUAACCCUGCAUCAGAUUAAUGGCUGUAACAGCCGUGCUGUUCAAAUCGUGGCCCCAGGCCUGAUACAGCUGGCAGUGUACGGGAAGGUGGGGUCAAGGCUGCUGCCCAUGGGAGGCUGGCAGUUGGACAGGGUUCAAAUUGGACGUGGCAUUGUGUUGUGGACAGGUACUAUGGAGGACCUUGCCAUACAAAGGCCUCAGAGAAGCCCCAUCUGUCUUGCCCCCACCAUUGACUUAUCAUAAAGCUGGGCAGGAGAGUCGUGUUUAUGGACCUUCUAUUUCAGCCCUAUGUUCAGGUCAGGUAGAGCUCAGCCUCCUCUCUUUUUAGUUCUUGAUAGGGGUAUCUGCAUUGCUUCUCCUGGAUCCCAAAGCUCUUGUCCUUUACUCUUGGCAGACAUGCAACACCCAGCAAAUGCUAGGCUAUCAGCUGGAGACACCGCUCAUCUCCUUUAGAUUUCUCCAUGGAGUGAUUGUGUACUGCCAGAUAAUGCACUUUAUGGGGGAUCCCAGGGGCAGGUACUCCUCAUUAGGGGCUGGAACCUUAGGACUCAUCAUUUCCUCUGCCCGGGCCACGUCUAAUUGGUCUGCGCUGACCUCUCAUGACAGGGGGACUGUGAAAGGUGCUAGGUAUCUAAGCAAAUCCAUGUUGAUCCAGUGGCUGGUUCAGAGUUUGACUCGAGCAGGCUGGCAUUUCCUUCCAAUAAAGCCUUCCAUGUGCA